UCGCGACGUCAGUUGAAGAUGGCGUUGGACGGGAGAGCCGUCGCCCGCGCACCGAGGGAAGCGACGCUCUGAGAGCCAGCGAGGGAAUUACCGGGCCGAGCGAACCGAACCCGCCACCGGAGCUCAUUUCAUCCGUGUUUUGGGUUUUUUUUUUCCUUCUUUUUUAUACCGCGUCUCCUGCGGGGCCCUGCGGGCAGCGCAGCUAACGCUACGGGCUCAGCUAACGUUCACCUGGACGGCUCCCGUCCGCCCCGUUAACCUCCACAGCCGGGCCGGUUAGCGAGCCGACGGACGUUGGGGUUUUUUUUUAAGCUAGCGGUGAUUCGGCUGUCGGUCUCCGGCUUCCUCGGAGCCGCCGUUAGAACGCGACGUGAUUCGGUGAACCGUUCCCGCUUCUCUCCGUCUCUCGUCCGUCUAAACGCAACCCAUCGGAGCGCCAUAUGUUCUUGUUUUUAUUUUUUUUUAUCCCAUUAUUAUUUUUUUUUAAACGCUAGCUAAAUUGCAUUUAAAAAUGUCGGACAACCAGAGCUGGAACUCCUCCGGUUCCGAGGAGGACGCGGAGCCCAGAGACGAGUCCGGACACCUGGUGGGCUGCGUGGACCUGAGCGGCGUCCUCAGCAAGUGGACCAAUUACAUCCACGGUUGGCAGGACCGUUGGGUGGUCCUGAAGAACAACACGCUGAGCUACUACAAGUCUCAGAAUGAGACCGAGUACGGCUGCCGGGGUUCCCUCUGCCUCAGCAAGGCCGUCGUCACUCCUCAUGAGUUUGACGAGUGCCGGCUGGACAUCAGCGUGAACGACAGCGUGUGGUACCUGAGGGCUCAGGACCCCGAGCACCGGCACCAGUGGAUCGACUCGGUGGAGCUGCACAGAACAAUCAGAGAGGGGAGGAGAGAGAAGGGAGGAGUCCAGGGGACAAUAUUCAUCCCUCCACCACUGGCUGAUUCUGGAUACGGCUCCGAGUCCAGCCUGCGGAGACACGGCUCCAUGCUGUCGCUCACAUCCGCCACCAGCGGCUUCUCCGCCACCUCCUCGUCCUCCUUCAAGAAGGGUCACAGCCUGCGGGAGAAGCUGGCGGAGAUGGAGACCUUCAGGGACAUCUUGUGCAGGCAGGUGGACACGCUGCAGAAAUACUUUGAUGGAUGUUCAGACGCCGUGUCGAAGGACGAGCUGCAGCGGGACAAGAUUGUGGAGGACGAUGAGGACGACUUUCCCAACACGCGGACCGAUGGAGAGUUUCUGCACAACAACCACGGCAGCAAAGAAAAACUGUUCCAGGCCGUGAGUCCCAAGGGGAUCAACGGCAUCGACUUUAAGGGCGAGGCCAUCACGUUCAAGGCCACCACGGCCGGGAUCUUGGCCACUUUGUCCCACUGCAUCGACCUCAUGGUGAAGAGAGAAGACAGCUGGCAGAAGAGGGUGGAUAAGGAGAUGGAGAAGCGCCGUAGAAUAGAGGAGGGCUACAAAUCCGCCCUGAAUGACAUGAAGAAAAAGUCCCACUUGAGAGGUCCGGAUUACGAGGAAGGUCCAAACAGCCUCAUAAACGAGGACGAGUUCUUCGACGCGGUGGAAGCCGCCCUGGACCGACAGGACAAGAUCGAGGAGCAGUCUCACACGGAGAAGAUCCGGCUCCACAGAUCCAGCCCCGUCCCCCCAGGGGACAUCUACUCCAGCAUCGGCACACACCGAUUCUCCGAGAAGGUGGAGGAGAUGGUGCAGAAUCACAUGACCUACUCCCUGCAGGACGUAGGUGGAGACGCCAACUGGCAGCUGGUUGUAGAAGAGGGAGAGAUGAAGGUGUACCGCCGAGAGGUGGAGGAAAACGGCAUCGUUCUGGACCCGCUGAAGGCCACCCACUCGGUGAAGGGGGUCACCGGGCACGAGGUGUGCCACUACUUCUGGGACACGGCCUACCGCAACGACUGGGAGACCACGAUUGAAAACUUCAACGUUGUGGAGACGUUGUCGGAAAACGCGACCGUCGUCUACCAGACGCACAAGCGGGUGUGGCCGGCUUCCCAGAGGGACGUGCUGUACCUGUCGGCCAUGAGGAAGAUCCUGGCCAACAACGAGAACGACCCGGACACCUGGCUGGUCUGCAACUUCUCCGUGGACCACGACGACGCUCAGCCGCCCGGCCGCUGCGUGCGCGCCAAAAUCAACAUCGGCAUGAUCUGCCAGACGCUGGUCAGCCCCCCCGAGGGAGACAAGGAGAUCAGCAGGGACAACAUCCUGUGUAAAAUCACCUACGUUGCUAAUGUGAAUCCCGGAGGGUGGGCCCCCGCCUCCGUGCUCCGGGCCGUGGCUAAGAGGGAGUACCCCAAGUUCCUCAAGCGCUUCACCUCCUACGUCCAGGAGAAGACCGCCGGCAAACCCAUCUUGUUUUGAGGCCAAAGCUGAUGACAUUGGAGAAGAAUAGACGGAUUUAUCAUCGUAAUCAUUUCAAGGGAUUGCUGCUCUCCCCCCUUUUGGUUUUGAUAAAAUGCUAGUUGGCUUGUGUUCGGGGGGGUCGUGGGUGAGAUGAGGUGUGAUGCAGCUCGUGUAGAGGACUGACUUGUCACGUCGAUUUUCUUACAGAUAUAAUAUAUAAAUGUACGUAUGUUCUAUAAGAAGUUUCUAAGAAAACAACCUUUGCUAAUAGACUGAAAUAUUUUAUUCUUGCUGUUAAUAUCUCCUACUUUGUGUUUGGAUUUUUCAUAAUUGGUCGUUUUCCGGCUUUAUUUUGAAGCUGCCAACUUUCGCUGCUUGAUUUAAGUCCAGAGGGCCGUCAUUGACUCGUGACCCCUAUGAUGUAAGACUUGACCUCUUUGACUCCGCCCCUCUCAUGAAAACGCCUCUGGUGCCGAUGGAGGGGGGGGCCGAGAGGACUCGCAUAUUUAACGCACACUGUUGGCUGGGCUUUGUUUUGUGUGCUUGUAACGGUUUGUAAAAUAGUGUCACUAACAUUUCUCUGGAGGUAUUGUUCCGACUGGGUGGAGCCCAAAUGCCUUAGUGUUACGGGGGGGGGGGGGUCACUAGUAAGUGCCUCAUGGAGUUCAGAACUUGUCCUACUAACCACAUGAGGCUCUUCCCCCUGAAGGCUGCUUCUAGGAGGAUUCACAAUGUUCUGGAGGUGAAAGUAAAACAAUUCUGCUGCUUCCAUCCGUCACAUUGAGGGAAGCGCGUCGCUCACACAAUGAAUUAACCUUUUUUCUUAGUAGGAAGUUACACGGUUUGAUUUUCCAGAGAAUACUUUUAGAAAUAGAGCAUCGGUACUUUGUACCGAGUACAUUUCCCACCUGUGGACCACAUGAAUCACACAUUUCUUAAUUGUACUAAUGGUAACUGUACAUAGUACGAAACACCUUUGUGUAAAUAAAGCUGUGGGAUCGACUUACAAAUGUACUGUGACAGCAGUGAAAUAAAUAAGUUCAUCCUC